GAGGGUUAAACGAAAUAAAAUCAAUGGCAUUAAUUACCAAAAAAGUAUCGCAAGUUUACUGCAUUGAGAUAAUGAAAUGGACCAAGACAUUGAUAAAGCGUGGUCCGUCCCUAUAUAAGCCGAUAUUUGGCUGAAGUCUAGCACAGUUGUCUACCGGUAUUAAUUGGUAGAGUACAGCGUAUAUAUUUUCAUUCAACUACUUGACGAGAGUAUUUGGUAAUCUGCGACAUGAGGACGUUCGUAGUUCUAUUAAGCUGCCUUGUUUGCUGCGUCACAGCAGGACACUACGGUUUGGCGCAGAAACUCUUACGUCUGGACAGUAUACGCAGUGGACAGGGUUAUACAUCUGUGGGCACGGAUCAGCGUCAGCGACAAGAAUUUCUGCUUGAUGUACUACUUCAGGUACAGAAACCUUUGGUUAACAGUCAGCUCGUCCAACUUGGCCAGGAACUUGUUACGGAUCCCAAUAUGUAUUUGUUGCCAAACGAUGAGAUUUUGCAGCAGUUCUUACAACAGGCCAAAAAUCGGGAGGUCAUCGGUCGCAAUGGCGCCUACAAUCCAGUAGAUAUCUCAAAUAUACGCCAAUUAGUUGGACUUCAACGUUAUUUUGUGCUCGCCCGUGACUUCAACGUUUUUCAAAGAAAUGUUGUUUAUGCGCGUCUUUAUUUCAACGCAAUUAUGUUCGUGGAUGCUUUGUCGCUAGCAAUACGCGACCGUCCAGACACUCAGGAGCUUAUUCUACCACCAAUGAAUGAGAUAUUACCACAGCUAUAUUAUGACAAUUAUGUACUCAACUAUGCGCAAAAUGUUGAUUAUAGUAGUUUGAUUUCACAAGAAGCACGUGCGAACGUAAAACCAAGUAUAUUCGACAUCUUUGGCCUGCGCAGAAUUGGUUCAUUGUUUCAAUUAGGCAAAUACGGUCACUACAACCCAUUGCAACAGAGAUAUGGCACACAGAAGUAUACUUUCGGCCGGUUCGGAAUUUCACCUGAAGGACGUCGUGUUAACAGUAAAGAUAACGGUCGUGAAUACGUUGUAGAAAGCAGUUAUAUACAAGAAAAAAUUGUUGUUCCGGUGGAAGAAAGAGACGUUACUGAUUUAACAAACGAUGUCGGCCUGAAUGUUGCGUGGAACAAUAUUGUUAUUGAUCAACUGGUGCAAGUCGUUACUGAAAGUAUAGAGGGAGGUCAGCAAAAUGCUGUUAUCGGCAAUGGUCAACAGAAAUAUCAAGAGAUUCAAGACGAGCAAACUUAUGGUUAUGAGGGUUCUAAUGGACUACCACAAGUUAAUAUAGGCAACCCACGUCUACUGUUUGUUGGACGUCGUCGUCGCGUUGAUAACGGUAGAUAUUCAGCAUAUGUAAAUCCUUUUUACGGCCAACAAAACCAAUACGGUUAUAACGACCAAGAAAUUGCUCGUCAACAAUAUCAAAGAACGCAAUAUGGCUACACAGGUCCGGAAUAUUCUUACUAUCAUCAACAAAAUCAAGCAGGUCAAUAUGAUUACAAGGACAAUGAUUAUUCCUAUGGGCGUCAACAGAAACCAGGGGCUCAAUAUGGCUACAAAGACAACGAAUACUAUUACGCUCGUCAACAGAAUCAGAGAUCUCAAUAUGGUUACAAGGACAAUGACUACUCUGGUCGUCAACAGAAUCAGGAAUCUCAAUAUGGUUACAACUCAUAUGGUCAACAGAACCAGGGAUCCCAGUAUGGAUACAAAGACAACGAAAACUNCUAUGGUCGUCAACAAAAUCAGGAAUCUCAAUAUGGUUACAACUCAUAUGGUCAGCAGAAACAGGGAUCCCAGUAUGGAUACAAAGACAACGAAAAUUCCUAUGGUCGUCAACAAAAUCAGAAAUCUCAAUAUGGUUACAACUCAUAUGAUCAACAGAAUCAAGGAUCUCAGUAUGGUUACAAAGACAACGAAUACUCCUAUGGUCGUCAACAAAAUCAGGGAUCUCAAUAUGUUUACAACUCAUAUGGGAAACAGAAACAAGGAUCUCAAUACGGUUCCUAUUAUGGUAUACCAUAUGGUCGUCAGCAGUAUCAGGGAUCUCAAUAUGAUUACGAAGGUCAGCAAUAUUAUUAUGGUGGUCAACCCAAUCAAGGAUCAAAGUACAGUUACAAUUAUCCAAUAUAUAGCUCGACUUAUUACAAUCCAUACGGUAGCCAACAAUAUUAUUAUAAAAACUACGAACACCAAUAUGAACCAAGCAUUCAACAACAAGACAAGUAUCAAGGUCAACAACAGCAGCAGACCUAUCAUGCGCUGCCCUAUGGACCACAAAGAGUUGUUAACGCCAAUAUUGGGGAUGACGUUGUCGUGAUUGAUCGUGUAGUUCGUGAUACACGCAAUCGUGGGCAAGGUGGUACACGUUAUCGCAGCGAUGAAGGUAAACGGGUUAGUUAUCGCAAUACCGAACAAUAUCACGAGCUGGAAGGAUUCCGUGAGGGCAUCGCACGUAGUAUUGACGUCACCCAGCAGUUAAGUUAUUCUCGACGCGGAGAAAUACUUUUACAAAGUAUACAAGAAUUGGCUGCCAGGUUAAAUAUUCAGCGCAUUGUGGAUACCCUUGAAGGAAGAGUUUACCAACAAAAAGAUAUUCAGAUCGUGCAGCAGGAAGUAGAUCAAAUAAUUCAACAAAUCCGUACACUAGUUGAACAAGUACGUGAAGAAGCUGGUAUUAGCGAAGGAAGCGAACGGACGCUGUAUAUCGUCGCAGAUGUUAUUGGCGGCAGGAUUGUACUCGAACAGCAGCAACAACUAUCGAUCGAUGUGAAGCGUACUUUACUAGAAUUGCAACAGCAAAUACAGCGCAUUGUUGGAAAUCAAGUUGGACAAGUGAAUGAGGUGACUCCGCUUGUUUUAUUAUUCGGCUCUUUACGCAGUCCAGUAACUCAACAAACCAUAUUAUCAUUGGCCCAACUAAUCGAUGGUUACCGCCAGAAUUCGCAACCAUACACCAAUAGCCAAUUGAGCGGUAAUGGUGACAUUAAAGUUCAAAAUAUUCAAAUCGAUCCUUUGGUCACCUAUACUGAGGUUGUAGAUGUGGAUCUUGUCAAUAUGAUCGAUCAGCAGCUUUUGCAGUCGAACGCCAACAAUCUGCAACAACUUGGCCAAAAGGUGGUAGCUCGCCAACAGCGUUUAAAUUAUCAACCAUUCUCCAUUUCUUUGGAUAUUGAAUCUCAAUAUCAACAAGAAGUUGCCAUACGUAUUUUGCUCGCACCUCAAAUCGAUUACAAUGGACGUCGCGUAUCUUUGGCACAAAAUCGGAAUAACUUCAUUCUCAUCGAUGCUUACGUACAACAAUUGCAGACAGGUAUUAACAAUAUCGAACGCAAUUCACGCGAGUUCAAUGGUUACAGCAACGAGGUCUCCACUAUUAGCCAAAUCUACCGUCAGAUAAUGACUGGACAAAAACAACAGCUACAAACCGGUAUUAUUCGCCAGCUUCCAAGAAAUCUUUUAUUACCACGUGGCUCUGUCAAUGGAGGAUUGCCUGUACAAAUAAUGGUUGUAGUGACCCCACUAAACCAGAAAGCUGAACUCUUAUUUGUUGAGGGUGUAUAUGCACAGCAAAUCAGUGGUUUGGGAAUUGCUGCUAUCGGUGUAGACCAAUUGCCCCUGAAUUACCCACUGGAUAGGCAAAUUGUUGAUGAAAAGCGUUUGGAUGUACCCAACAUUCUGCUGACCGAAACUGUUAUUCAAUAUGAUAGUCGCCGCAGCGCUUGAGAUGCUCAUCGCUAGCUGCAUUAGACGAAGUUGGAAUACUCAUAUGAACACGAUUUUACUCUAAUUACACUCACACUUUGAAUUUUAUAUUGUAAAAAACAAUUCCAUUUCGUUAAAACAGAUAUGUAAAAUAUUUUAUAUUCGAUAAAUAAAACUUUUAAAGACCGGAAGAAA